AUGCGGGACGAGCUACGGCGGCAUCAAAGCCUCGGACAAGAGGAACCGCAGAUCAAAUUCAACGAGACACCGUUUGAUACCGUAUUCGAAGUAGGCGAUGAACUUGGGAGCGGUCAAUUUGCCGUUGUGAGAAAGGUGGUGAAAAAGGCGACUGGAGAGGAGUUCGCGGCGAAGUUCAUCAAGAAGCGACGGUAUGCGACCUCGCGACGAGGCGUAACGAGGGCCAACAUCGAAAGAGAGGUGUCCGUCCUUCGAACUGUCGGAGGACACAGCAAUGUGAUCGAAUUGCACGAAGUGUACGAGACUCCCAGUGACGUCAUUUUGGUGUUGGAACUGGUGUCUGGUGGUGAACUCUUCGAUCAUGUUUGCGCCAGGGAAUGUCUGGAUGAAGUGGAAGCAGCCGCAUUCGUUCGUCAAAUACUUUUGGGUAUUAAACACUUGCACAGUCUACACAUCGUACAUCUUGAUAUAAAGCCCGAAAAUGUGAUGCUGAAACGACGAGGAGACUCUCAGGUGAAACUGAUCGAUUUUGGCCUAUCACGAUUGAUUCCACCUGGUCAUGUCGUCAAGGAUAUGGUUGGUACACCGGAAUUUGUAGCCCCAGAGGUGGUCAACUACGAAGCGCUGAGUCCGGCCACGGAUAUGUGGGCUCUUGGUGUGGUCACCUAUAUCCUGUUAUCCGGUGGAAGCCCAUUCCUUGGCGAUACUCGUGACGAGACGUUCUGUAACAUAACCGGGGUGAACUACCACUUCACUGAUAGGUACUUCAAAAACACCUCCGCUUGCGCAAAGGACUUUAUCUCGCGGCUGUUCGUGCGUGACGUUACCCGCAGAGCCACGGUGGACGAUUGUCUGCGACAUCCUUGGAUCAGAGGACCCGAUGGUGACGACGUAGAUCUGCGCAAAUCAUCAUGUAUCUCUAUCUCGCAUAUCCAUUCGUUCAAGCAACGUCAACGAUGGCGGAGAGCAGUCGAAUUGGUGCUGGUUUGUAAUCGAGUGACGCGAUCGGUACGUUUGGCAAUUAGCCAAGCGACGAAAAUGAAGCGUACGAUCGAGACACGAUACGAUCCGAACGACAUGGUUACUUCCUCGGUUCUUAUUGCCGCUGAAAUGGGAGGUGUACGAGAGUUAAGUGAGCUAAGCAUGGUUCGUGGAUUCCCAAAUCUGAGCAACAAGCAAAAAGAAACGGCAGCUCAUGUGGCUGCGGGAGCAGGUCAUAUUGAAGCGCUCAGCUUCCUAAACAUGAAAGGAGCUCAGUUAUCGGCCGAGGAUCAACGAGGUGAAAUUCCAUUGCACUGGGCAGCACGCAGUGGACACGCCAACGUGGUCACACUGUUGUCGAACGAACGCGUCGACAUUAACGCAGUGAACAAGAAUGGUGAGUCCGCAUUGCUGAUCGCUUCCCGAUACGGUCAUGUGGACGUAGUUCAAGCGCUUCUGGAACGAGGAGCGGAUGUCACGAUCCAGAAUAAGUGGAACCCGCCUACCUUACCCGCCGUCAAAAUUUACAGCUCCUACCGCGCCGCCAUGGUCACUUCCGACGGCCACGCGGAGGAUCCUACCCCCGGAGCCGAGGAUGUGCCGACACUGAAAUCGACGGACCUCGACAAGGCGAAGGGCAGCAGUUCCGAAGAAGGACAGAAGCAGACCAGGAGCUCCCAGAAGUCAGCGGAACACGUGCACGAGUCUGAUGGAGAGGAUGGCUCGACGUCUGAAGAUGAAGACGACAGCAUUCAGACAAUUUCGUUUCAUGGAGUUCUGCCCGGUUCGGUUAUGGCUGCAUACUUAACCGAUCCGGUUGCAAAUCCAGCCGCUCAAGCCCUCUACACCAUGAAUGCGGCCCGUGCUCACUCUAUCUACACGAAUGAGUUCGACAGUCCUCGUCCACGAGCCGCCGACCAAGUGCCGACCCUCAGACAACCACCACAUCUCGUCGAUGAAAAAUCACGCAGCUGUAACUACUCAUCCACUCCAUCCACCAGUAAUUUCAUCUCACUCGUCACCGAUUUCGAGGCGACUCUGGCUCAUCCAUCUUGUUGCAUGGAUGAGGAGACCGCCCUACACUGUGCUGCAGCUCGUGGACAUAUGGAAUGCGUACAGACUUUGCUCGAUGGAGGAUCACCUGUCGACGAAUUGGACAACCAUCAACGCACCGCCCUCUUGUGCGCCCUGGAAAACGGUCACCUUGACAUAGCACUUCUUCUAAUCCACAAAGGCAGCAAAAUCAACGAACCAGAUGAGAAGGGAAACACUCCGCUGCAUGUCGCAUCAAAACUCGGUCUACUCACCGCUGUACAGACUUUAUGUCACUGUGGUGCUGACGUCGACAUGACUAAUCAGGACUCCUUCACACCAUUACACCUUGCCGCCAGGGAAGGAUUUCUCGAUAUCGUCCGGGUGUUGUGUUUGGCCAGAUCGAAUGUUGGCAAGAAAACUAAGGAUGGGCUGACAGCAGAGAUCCUCGCGCUGGCUUCGGAAAAUACACACGUAGCAUCGUUACUCUCCAAAAUGAAAACGGAUAGUGUUCGAGAAGCGUAUAUCGAUCAGUUGUGUCCCAUGAAUGUCCCACUAAGGAGGAUAAAACUGAAAUUAUUCGGUCAUUCUCAGACAGGGAAAUCACGUCUCAUUCAGUCGCUCCAUUCCACUCGUGGUAUCACUUCUAGUAUCAUCGACGCUGUCUCUCGACGGAUCUCCGACCACUACAGUCCUAGCAAUACCAUGAACAAAGAUGAUGGAAUCCACUCCGGCCAAGGAUCAUCGUUCUCAUCAGAAUCGAACAACAACUCGUCCGAUCAAUGCGCGAAUCUCGUCCACUGUCCAGCCCAUUUGGCAUACACCCGUGGCAUUGACGUUCAGAAUAUUAACUGUUCGGGAUGUGGCGAGUUUUCCGUGUGGGAGUUUGGUGGUUAUGAGCCGUAUCACAUGGCAUAUGAUCACUUCGUGGGGAACACCGAUUGCAUCCACGUUGUACUGUUCAGAGCUUGUGACAGUACAGAGGAACAGUACAAACAGGUCCUUUACUGGAUGAACUUCCUCAAGGGCCGCGUCACUCCCACCGAGCCAAUUGGUCAUUGCGGAAUCAUCUCAAGGAGAUCAAAGGUUGUGAUUGUUGGCACUCAUGCCAGUCCCGCUCUCUUCCCUUCAAAAAAUGCAGAAGGAGAAUACGAAUCAUCAGAUACGGAGGCUAUGCUGAAAACGGUCCGUCUUCGAUUCGAGACCCAUUUUGACAUCUGUGAAAAGUUGCUUCUUCUCGACUCCACCAAUCCAUCGUGUGCUGGAAUGAAAGCGCUGAAAAAUUAUCUGAAAGAGACGAGAGGAACUAUAAUAGCGAGGUUACAAAAACCAAUCGGGUUACUCGACGCCACCAUGCCAUUCCUGCAGUCCUUGCGUAAACAGCACGCAAAUUUCCCGGUUGUCUCGUGGCCAACGUUUGCAUCGAUCGUACGAACGGAUGUGAAUCCACUGACAGGAGACGCCCAUUGUAGACAACUCAUCCAGCAACUGCAGUUAAUCGGAGAGGUCGUGUAUCUACGAGAUGAAACGGCCGAAAUGGACUAUGUGGUGUUGAAUCCGGAAUGGCUUGGCACUCAUAUCAUUGGACAGUUGCUGAGCGCCGAGUUCCUCUCUAGGUGCAGGAUCAACGGCACGUACUCAUUGGAGCACUUUUCGCCGAUUUUCCCCGAAAUUCCCGAGCCUACAGAUCUGUUACGCAUGUUGGACGUGCUUCAACUAUGCGCUCCAGCUGAACCCGACUCCGAGGAGACUUUCGAAUUCCCAGCUUUCAUACUGCUCAACGAGCCUCAUGACGUUUGGGUCAGAAACAAGUCGACGUACGUCUACGGAGGUGUGCGCGUUCAUCCUAUGAGAGGUAUGGAACGAUCACUGCAGAGUACCUUCCCACGAAUCCAAGUAGCACUUCGCCGGAGUAUGCACGACUUCCAGGAUCCGAUGGAUGCGGAUCUAAUGCAAUGGGCCGGUUGCAGCAAGAUGUCAUCGGGUCAAAUGGAAGCGCUUGUAAGAAUUCGUGGAGAUGCAGUUGAGGUUCAAGUACGAGGUCCAGCAGAAAGAGCCACAUCAUGUUUCUACUUCCUCGAAGACGUCGUUAAUUUGGUGGAGCAAACGGCGAGCGAAGUUGCACCAGGCAUAGGACUCGAAAGGCACUUCCUGAGCCCGAAAUGCUUGCAGGAACAUCACAAAAAUCCAGCCUCGUUCCCUCCUGAGGCAAUGAUGGCAAUGCAGCAACAAGAAUCCCUUUCUGUAAAGGGAACUCACGAUGAAGAGGAGAUGUUCACCGAUGUGGUAUGCUUCGGUUCACGUGAGGUGGCUCGUCUUUUGACUUUGGGCAUCGAUGUGGGUGUGGCAGACCUGUCGAUCACAACACGAUGUGAACUGGCUGCACUUCUUGAUCCCCCGGACGCAAUGGGAAGAGACUGGUCUAUACUGGCAGUCAAGUUGAACUUGACCGAUCAAGUCCCAGAGGUGGACUCUACUGGACAGUCCCUAUCCCGAACAGAUCAACUCCUAGCGGAAUGGGCUAUCCAGCAACCUGAACACGCCACAGUAGGCAAACUGUGCGAAAUUCUGGCCGAAUUGGGCAGAUCGGACGCAAGAGACACAUUGUACCGUACAGUUCCGUUGUAUCUGUUCGCACCACUGGACGAUACAGUUCAUCCGGCCGACUGCGGUGAUUCCGGUGUCGUGUCUUCUUGUCAUUCCACCGGUGAUCCCAGAACAAGUUCGAUUUCAUGA